UGUGUCAAAAAUAUAUGUUUUGAGUGUCGGUUUUUUGACGUGCUGGUUGUUCAUAUUAAAUCAGAGCUCCCCAAGCUGAAAACCAGCGGUGUGCCCCAUUUCACUGCACGGUAAAUUGGCCGCUUGCUGCCUGUCAAACAUGUAUCCUGAACUUGUCUGAGGGUUACCUGUGUUUUGAUCUCACUCAAGCUCCACCAAAGUCUGAGAGUCUGCUUGCAGCCAGAGAACCGCCGGGAUGCAACAGGACAUAGAAGCUCGUAUUAGAUCAAUAUUGUACCUGCUGACUGGGUCACUGAAAACACCACGUGCCCAGAGCUGAGUUCCUGAUUGAUAAAUGCGGCGCAGUAUCUAUCUAACUUCUGUGGUCUGCUGUGAAAUACAGCCAGACGUUCAAGCUCUGCACGGCAUGCCCUCUCGUGCUCACCUCGUCAGUGACUUUAAUCACAGGAAAGGCAAAGGGAUUGGCUAGAACUUCAAAGUACUGAAGAGAGUAGAAGUGAUUGACAUGUCCAAAGACCAAUAGCCUGUCAGUGAAAUUUAGCACCCAAAUACGGCACCGUUUGCAGCAGCUUCUUUCACACACAUGUGCACGACCGCCAUUGUUGCUUAUCACUGUAGUCACACCGUUUAAACACAAAACUAUGUCAUGCUAUGGUAUACGCCUUGAUGCUCCAACACUCAAUGGAAAUGCUCACUUGAAUAGCUUGGACCAUACUAAACUGGCCAAGAAAGGACCAGUCUGGUCCGGAUUGCUCAGUAGAAAUGUCACAUUUUGUGAUGAGCAGAAGAGGGGGGGCUGGCCCCAAAGAGAGCGGAAGGGUUAGCUAAAAAAAGCUAGCGGGCUACUAAAAUACUAUCUCAGAAUUAGCCCAAAAAACCUCACCAUGUUAGCCAAAAAAGCUAACAUGUUGCUAAAAUAUUAUCUCAACUCAGAAUUAAUUCAGAGAACCUCAGUAUUUCCCAAAUUAGCUAAAAAAAAAAAAACCUUACACGUUGCUAAAAUCAUAGCUUAACUCAUAAUUAGCCCAAAAAACCUCAGUAGAUGUCAAAUUAGCUAAAAAAAACCUUACACAUUGCUGAAAUCCUAGCUUAACUCAGCAAAAACAACCUCAGUAGAUGCCAAAUUAGCUAAAAAAAAAAAAAAAAAAGAAAAGCUAGAAUACUCAUUGCUAAAAUUCUAACUUAACUUAGAAUUAGCUGAACGUUUUGAUGCCCACAUUGCAUAUGUUUUAAAAGCGCAUAAAGUUUUUAAAGGAUUUCAAAUAAUUACCCCUUAUUUUUAUUGAGGCUAGUAAAUUAGAAUACCUUGCGAAAAAUCAUAACUGUAAAAAUACAAAUACCAUUAAUACAAGCGUAAAUGUGCUUAACUUGCUGAACGUUUUGAUACAAAUAUUGGAUAAGCUUUAAAAGUGAACAUAUUUUGUAAAGGAUUUGAAAAAAAAAUUCCAUUAAUUUUCAAUAAGGCUAGUAAAUUAGCAUAAUGAUUACAUUAAUUGCUGAAAGUGUGCUCAAGAUUUUAUGUAAAAAAACAUACAGAAAAAGGUAUAAAGAACAAUACUAAAGAGAAACAGGCUCACUAUUGUAUGAAUGCUUUGAAGCUUUCAUACAAUGAAGAAUUCAGACCCUCCAAGCUAAGGGAAUUGGUAAUUUUCAAUGCCAACCGUGGUUGUGACAAAAUAAAUAAAUACAAAUAAAAAACUUUUUUUAAACAUUUUUUAUUUAUGUAUUUAUUUAUGCCCAUUGUGUUUUGGUUGGCAUGCCCAGUGUUUCACUUUCAAUUUGUUUGAAAGGAAUAAACAAGAAAUCUAUAGUUAGAAUUUGAAUUGUAAGUAGUUUUUUUGUUUGUUUAUAUCAUUUAUUUUGACAACAUACACUGAAUAAAAACGUUUUUUUUUUUUGUUUUUUUUUACAUCAGUUACCUAUUUAGUACAAAAACAAUUUUUGUCAUUCAUAAUACAUUAAAUGAAGAAACACAAUAACUUGAGCUGUUUGGGAGCUGAAAGAGAGGGGCCAUUUUAGGGAGUGGAUUAAAAAGAGCCAGUUGUCUAAGAGGAGCCGAAUUUUUCAUCACUACAUAACAUCAUCAUUUAGUCUUGCCUUCCAUUGGCCAGAAGGCCACCCGUCAAAAUGACAGUCGUGGGAGAUUUAACGCUAGCAGACCUGAUGGUUUCCUAAAGUUUCACACUCCACAGCAGUAGGGGGCGGUACCGCACGUUUGCGCUGGUUGGUACGCACGUGAACGCCUCACCUGAUUUGAUCCAGAACUUUCGGCUAAUGAUCCUCGAGCGAAAUAAUUUCUUCAACAGCCAGAUUCUCUAGCAAUAAAUAAUUAAUGGAAAGCGUUUCACCUGACUGUGGACAAGGUAAGAACCAUCCUUUUAAAUAAUGUUUGUUGCUUUUCACAUUCACGGACUUUCGAAGCUCGUCCGCUUUUCAUUGCGCUGCAGGACCUCCGCUUACAUCUUUGCAUUGACUUUCGUUUUGUGGUGUUACCGAAUGGCUCUGGUUUAAUGUGUACCUUUUAAAAAACAUUAAAUGCACUGGGUGCUCUUUAAAUAGUGCGGUUUUGCUGUGUUCGGUGUUCAUCUGUAUGAUUGGGGGUUUAGGUAAAUACUGAUGUUCUUGUCACAAGCUAAUGUUAACAUAGCAACCAUUAUCGCUUGUUUGUCCUUACAGGACUUUGUGGUGCUUUUAGACAUGCCUAAAAUAAAAGUGGCUCACGGUGACUCUUGUCCCAAAAGUGGUCGCUUAAGCCAUUAACACGCGGUCUUUGCAGGAGAUGGCAGCACAGCGGUCACAGAGGGCUAAAAGAAAUCCCAGACAAGAUGCUUUGUAUUAUUGCUCCUUGGGUGAAGAUAAGGCAGGAUUUGAUAUCAGAUACAUUGAUUCAUUUAAAGGUCGAGGUGUGUUCAGCUCCCGGCCGUUUCAAAAAGGAGAUUUCCUUCUUGAAUACAGAGGACAGCUCAUAUCUAAAAAGGAACAAGAAAACAGACUGAAAGUUUAUCAUGACGCCCUGAAGGUUUUUAUGUUUGAUUUCCAGUUCAAUGGAAAGUUGUUAUGUAUUGAUGCUGCUAGAGAGGACGGGUCACUUGGACGACUAAUAAAUGAUGAUGAAGUGAGCCCAAACAGCAAAAUGACCAUUACCAGAGUGGAUGGAGAACCCCAUCUCUGUUUAUUUGCAAUCAAGGAUAUUGCUCCUGGGGAAGAAAUCACCUAUAAUUAUGGUGACUCCGAAUGGCCAUGGAGAAUCAAGAAAUCCAAAGAAAAGCCAAGUCCAUCUGCAGAAGAGAAUCCAUCCACUUCCAGAUCCUCUCCAGACGACACACCGCAGCAAUCCAAAGACAAGCCAAGUCCACCUGUAGAAGAGAAUCCAUCCACUUCCAGGUCCUCUCCAGACGACACACCGCAGCAAUCCAAAGACAAGCCAAGUCCAUCUGUAGAAGAGAAUCCAUCCACUUCCAGGUCCUCUCCAGACGACACACCGCAGAAAUCCAAAGACAAGCCAAGUCCAUCUGUAGAAGAGAAUCCAUCCACUUCCAGAUCCUCUCCAGACGACACACCGCAGGACUGUGAUCAUGAUUUAAUUGCUGACGAAAUGUCACAUUUGGAGAAAUGUGUCAUAUGUGGAGGACCCUUUUCUCCUCUGAAAUGGAGUGGUGUGAGAUGUGAAGUUUGCAACCAGACCUGGCACAAAAGGUGUUACAAUAUUCACACGGUGGACAUCUCAGAACCUCAAUCACUGGUUUUAAAUGAACAAAGCUCAAGUGAGGUGGGUUCAUCAGAAGAGGAAUACGUGCCUGAUUCCGCAUCUGAUUCAGACAGCUCAUUUGACAAUAGAUCGGAGAUUUUAAGCAUAAAUCGCAAACGGGUACAGAUCUCAGAGGUUUCCACCAGUCAGUCUGCUUCCAAAAAGAGAAGAUUCCACCAAGAAGAUUCUGUAGAGGGAGAUAGACUGAGGUCUUCUGAAGCUGCAGGGUCAUUAUCUGAAGAUGAACUCAGAAAAAGACGAUUUGAAAAAUCUGAUGCGACUUCAAAUGAAGGAAAUGCUCACAAUGAAUGCAUGAUUGAUAGCUCUAAUGCUCGGCCUGAAGAUUUAUCCAAGUCAUCCCUCUCACUCAGAAACAGAAACUACUGCUAUAUUUGUGGAAAGCUACAGACAAAGUUUACACGCCAUUUGAAAACGCAUGAGAAAAAAUAUGCUGAUGUUGCCCAAGUUUUAAGUCUUCCCAAGAAGUCCAAAAAGCGCUUGGAAAUGCUUGCUAAGCUGCGCAACAAGGGGAACCAUGACCAUAACUCAGAGGUCUUAGCAAGUGGCAUAGGAACAUUAAAACCAAAACGCACAUCAAAGAAAAACUACAAAGAAAAAGACUAUAUUCACUGCAUCUACUGUCAGGCAUUAUAUCUCAGAAGAGAUCUGUGGAGACAUGUUCGAAAAUGUUCUUCCAAACCAGGAAAAGCCAAUUCAGAGGGAUAUGACAGAAGAGUCUUGUCUUUGGCCUCUAUGAAUGAGUCGGCUCUCUGUCAGCAAGUUUCCCCAGGUGUUUGGAAAUUAUUAGCUGUCAUGAAAGAUGAUGACAUAACAUCCACUGUGCGAAGUGACUUCUCUAUUCUCCAGCUUGCCCAGUCACUCUUUAACAAACAUGGACAGGAUCCCACCAAAUUUGACUACAUUCGUCAGAGACUGAGAGAAUGUGGAAGACUUCUGCUUGUACUUCGGAAAGAAUUUUCAAUAAACACCUUUGAGGAUGCUGUCAGGCCUGGAAAUUUUGAUGUGGUUAUUAAAGCUGUCAAGAAAGUGUCUGGCUAUGAUGGAGAAAAGAACUGCUACUCUACUCCGAGCCUUGCCCUGAAGUUGGGCCACUCAUUGCAGAAACUUAAUGACAUUUUACAUUGCCGAGCACUUAUGGCUCAAGACAGUACACUGAUCAAGUCGACCCAAAGUUUCAAAACCCUCUAUUCUACAAAGUGGUCUGAAUUCAUUUCCCAUACUGCGCUGUCAACACUAAACGAGCGGCACUUUAACAAGCCUUCCACUCUUCCCUUCACAGAAGAUGUUCAAUGUCUUCAUAGACAUCUGGAGAAAAUUACUGACCAAGCACUGAAGGACUUUGAGGAGCAUAGUUCACCCAAAUCAUACAGUGAACUUUGCAAAGUCACCAUGGCAAAAGUAAUACUGUUCAACAGAAGACGAGGGGGAGAAGUUUCAAAGAUGACAUUAUGUGGCUUUCAGGAGAGAGACUCAAGUGCCCUCCACAAGGAUAUUGCAUUUGGACUUACAAAAUUUGAACGUCACCUUUGUCAACACUUCAGUCGCGUGGAAUUGAGGGGUAAACGGGGUCGAAAGGUUGCAGUGUUACUUUCACCGGACAUGGUGAACGCUAUAACACGGCUGACUGAGAAGAGAGCAGACUGUGGUGUACUGGCAGAAAACCCCUUUCUUUUUGCCAGACCUAAAUGUCUGACUCCCUACAGAGGACAGGACUGUUUAAGGCUUUAUGCAGCAGAAUGUGGGGCGAAAAACCCAGAGCUCCUCAGGUCGACUCAGUUGCGCAAACAUGUUGCAACCUUGUCUCAGAUCCUGAAUCUCAAGAACCACGAGUUGGAUCAAGUUGCCAACUUCCUUGGUCACGAUAUUCGCGUUCAUCGCGAAUAUUAUAGACUUCCAGAGGCUACUACACAGCUGGCUAAAAUAUCUAAACUACUCAUUGCCAUGGAGAAAGGGUCUCUGAAAAACCUACAAGGCAAAUCACUGGAAGAGAUUGAAAUCGAAGAUGACCUAGAGUUGACAGAGUCGAGUGGAGAGAGCGACAGCGAUGCAGAGGGUGACACAGCCGUUGAAGAGGCCAACGCUGUGGUUGAAGAGGCCAACGCUGCCGUUGAAGAGGCCAACGCUGCCGUUGAAGAGGCCAACGCCGCCGUUGAAGAGGGCGAGGUUGUUGAAGAAAAUCUCUCUAAUCCAGAGGCUGCACAAAGUAAAAACAAAGAUGAGGACAAAGAACUUAAGGCAUUAAAAUGGAAGCGGAGGAAGCCUGACGGAAAGAAACAAAAGAAACAAUCUGCUGCUGAGAAAGAAGAGAAACGCAUGAGGCAAACAAAGCGACCCUGGUCCAAAGAGGAAGUAAACGCUGUCAUGAGACACUUCAAGGACCAUAUCAUGAAGGGAAAACUUGCUUCCAUGAUAGAAUGUGGGCAGUGCAAAAAGGCAGAGCAUCCUGUUCUUGACAACCGUACCCUACAGAACAUCAGAGACUUUGUGAGAAAUCGUGGUGUUACCAUGAAAAACAAAAAGUAACCCAGCAAACAUUUGCAAAUGGCCCCAUAUGGUUUACCUUUGGGCUGAAUUUCUGGGCCCCGGGUGGAUUUGUCCGCAAGUUCCAUAGUGGCCCCAUCUGUGUUUGCCCACACUGGCUUAGAUGGGAACUCGGUGGUCUGGGUCCGUAACGCUAACCAGCUGCUCGGUGGAAAGCGUUGUGUGCCAACAACCUGCCUUACGGACAGUGUAGCGAGUUAGCGAGCUACACUGUCUAGUGAGCCAGAUUACUGAGUGCCCAUUCAAGCUAGUGUGAGCAAACAGAUGGGGCCACUGUGGAACCUAUGGACAAACCCACCUGGGGCUCAAAUAUUAAGCCCAAAGGUAAGCCAUGUGGGGUCCACAUUCAAAUGUUUGCAAAAUGACGUUUUUUGAAAUAUAAUAGUUUUAAGUAAGCAGUCACGGCUUAAAUGUUGUUUUUUUGUUCAGUUGUCAAAAGGCUAGUUCUUUAUUUGCCUUUACAUUAGAAAGAAUAUCAUUUUGAAGUAAGCACUUAUAGCUAUAUAUUUGUCUAAAAACUGUUUUACAUUAGACAGAACAAUAAUACAAAAUAAGCACUAGAUUCUUGAAUGUUUUUCCAGUUAAAACUACAUAUUCUUGUCACCUUUUUGACAAAUAAAACUAACUUUUGUUUAAAACUUUUGCUGUAUUUGCUUUUCAUUUCACAAAUAGAA